UGGUCGGUAUUAUUUGAAAGGCGAAUUAUCCAUUCGUUGGCGUGUGCACGCAUUAUUUACAAUAAUUUCACAAUGAUCAGCAUUAAUCAUCAUACAUCAACCUUCUCCUGUGUGGAAAAGAUGGUAUUCUAUAUUGCAUUUAUACUCUCUACAGAGUGAUGAAACUUCCAUGGAAUUAGGAAACUUGAAUAUUGUGAGUGAUAUUUUUCUCUGGGCUGGCAUUGCUCAUAGUCACGAUGACGAAAGAAUCACGUGGAACGAGCAGUCCAAUGAAAGGAAGCGUGGAUCCAGAUACACUAAAAGGAAAGAUUCCCGAUUCCAAAAGAGUAUUUCCUUAUGACCCAUCUUCACACACGACAUCGAAAUAUGCCCUGGAACCGGAUACAAGACCGGAGGGCUACAACCAGAACUCUGCCGAGUCCAGUUUCAACAUGGCACGACGGAAGCUACACACACUUCUCCUCGGCCUCCUUCUUGGCUCCAUUCUCCUGGGCGUAUCUCUCACGUGUGGCUUGGUCUUUGGAAAGGCCCAUGAACGACCUAUGAUGAAUUCAACAAACGCAUCACAAACGAACUCUGGAAAUUCAACAGUGUACAGCUGAUGACUGAAGUUAAAAAAUCCAUUGCACGUACGAACUACACAGCAUGCAUGGUAGAAGGCUUUAUGGUGGCCAGUACAGGAACGUGAAAUUCAUGUCCUUGAGAAGAAUGGAUCAACAAUUCGCCAUCCUCUGCACAUGGUAAAGGAUGCCAAAACGUUUGGCUGAAAACUCCUUCAUCGUUCGUUAGUUGGCAGUGUGACCAUUACAAACGUCCAUGUGACAGUCGGUGUAUCGGGGUUAACGGGUUUUAAUGCAUGGACAUUUAUAAUGUUUAUAAGGUUGAUCUUUGACGAUCAUUAAGAUUGAAUCUGACGCAUCUCGACGUUAAGGGCUAUAGGGGGUAAGAUGGAUGGGUAGGAUGCCAGCGAUGAUGGCUUGAGAGAUACCAUUACCAUCGCGGCCACCCAGAUGGAUCACAUCUGUUAUCGGUGAAGUGUGUCAAGAACAAAGUUUCUUUCGAAGCGCUGUUCAUCAACAACGAACCCCAUCUUG